AUGAAUGUCAAAAUGUCAUACAAGUUUUCUGUCAUCCACAACGACUCCAACCUCCCGUCGGUGGAGACUGUCUUGGAGGCGGCGGCGGUGCUGCUUGGUGCUGGGGCGAUUCCCGAGGCAGGAGCAGCGAUCCCGAGGCCAGGAGGCAGGAGAGCCAGUCCCGAGGCCAGGAGGCAGGGAGGGAGCGGAGGCAGCGGAGUCCCGAGGCCAGGAGGCAGAGAUCCCGAGGCCAGGAGCAGGCGGAGUCCCGAGGCCAGAGGCAGCGGAUUCCCGAGGCCAGGAGCAGCGGAGUCCCGAGGCCAGGAGGCAGCGGAGUCCCGAGGCCAGGAGGCAGCGGAGUCCCGAGGCCAGGAGGCAGCGGAGUCCCGAGGCCCAAGAGGCAGCGGAGUCCCGAGGCAGAGGGGCAGCGGAGUCCCGAGGCCAGGAGGCAGCAGCGAGUCCGAGGCCAGGAGGCAAGCGGAUUCCCGAGGCCAGGAAGCAGCCCCGAGGCCAGGAGGCAGCGGAUUCCCGAGGCCAGGAGGCAGCGGAUUCCCGAGGCCAGGAGGCAGCGGAGUCCCGAGGCCAAGAGGCAGCGGGUCCCGAGGAGGCAGCGGAUCCCGAGGCCAGGAGGCAGCGAGUCCCGAGGCCAGGAGGCAGCGGAGUCCCGAGGCCAGAGGCAGCGAUUCCCGAGGCCAGGAGGCAGCGGAUUCCCGAGGCCAGGAGGCAGCGGAUUCCCGAGGCCAGGAGGCAGCGGAGUCCCGAGGCCAAGAGGCAGCGGAGUCCCGGGGCCAGGAGGCAGCGGAUUCCCGAGGCCAGGAGGCAGCGGAUUCCCGAGGCCAGGAGGCAGCGGAGUCCCGAGGCCAGGAGGCAGCGGAUUCCCGAGGCCAGGAGGCAGCGGAUUCCGAGUCCCGAGGCCAGGAGGCAGCGGAUUCCCGAGGCCAGCGAGGAGUCCCGAGGCCAGGGGCAGCGGAGUCCCGAGGCCAGGAGGCAGAGGAGUCCGAGGCCAGGAGGCAGCGGAGUCCCGAGGCCAGGAGGCAGUCCCGGGCCAGGAGGCAGCGGAGUCCCGAGGCCAGGCAGCGGAGUCCCGAGGCCAGGAGGCAGCGGAGUCCCGAGGCCAGGAGGCAGCGGAGUCCCGAGGCCAGGAGGCAGCGGAUUCCCGAGGCCAGGAGGCAGCGGAUUCCCGAGGCAGGAGCAACCGCCUCGGCUGCUGCUCCUAUAUCUGGCCUUGAACCCAGCCAGGUCGCGGCGGCCGCUCGCUGUGCCCGCGAGGCGCGACGAAGGGCGCGCGCCAGCCAGGGCCUCGCGCGCCAGGGCCUCGCUCACCAGGAAGCAGAUUAUCGACCCGUUGAGGAUGACGUCACGGAGAUGCAACGGUCUGUGUUGGCUCUGCGAGGGCCGCCGGGGAGUGCCGCGGGAGCUUUACGGCUCCGCUGCCUCCUGGCCUCGGGAAAUCGCUGCCUCCUGCUCCGGGACUUUACCGUGCUGCCCUGUGCCUCAGAGGACUCCGUACUGUCCACCUCCCGGUCCCUCUAG